AGCCACAGCAUUUAUUACUAACAACAAUGACUAUCAUAUACGCACAAUGAAGCAUUGUAGUUAUAUCCACCGCCAUGCGUUGGUUCCCCACCCCCAUCUUCUCCCAUUCUCAUUCUCAUUCUAAUUCACCAUCAUCAACAUCAUCAUCGUUGUCGUCGUCGUCAUCAUCAUCCUUAUCUUCUUCGGCGACUCUAAAGUCUUCCCCUUCUACGUCCUCCGCCUCCGACCCCACCAGGAAGAACAGCGGCUCGGCCUGGUUCUUCGGCAGCGGGAAAAGGUCGACGUGGAAGCACUCCAAGAAGCUAACCCACGUCGCCGUCUUAGACUCCCUUGUGGUGCCCCCCUUGUCUCGCUCCUCCAGCACCUUCGAUCGUUCCUCCACCUCCUGCGUUCAGCCUCAGCCGUUGCCCUUGCCCAGAGACGCUGAUUACCGUUCGCCCUCGCCUAAAGAUGCCGCCGACAGACCUGACGCCGCCGUCGAUGUCACCCUCACCCCUGGUUUUCGAAUGCGCAGGUAA